AUGGUCCUGGUCCUCAUGGUCCUGGUCCUCAUGGUCCUGGUCCUCAUGGUCCCGGUCCUCAUGGAGCGGGAGACGCAGAUAAGUGUGCAGCACCUUGAGACGUCUGGAUUGUCCCUCAGGCUGGACUACAGGACUACCAGCCUCCCCACAUGCUGCCCCUCCGGCUGCGGAGGUCGCUUACAGCCGCAGGGUUGUGCCUGCUCCUCGUCGCUGUCCUCCACAAACACAUUCUCCACCAAGUGCUGUAGCAGUAGUCCAGUGACAGCCGUAGAAGAUCCAGUCCAGGAGGACCACAUCAGACUGAGAGUGACACGAGAGCAUGGUCACCUGUCGAGCGGAAGCUGCGAGGUGGUCAUGAUGGACCGGGACAGCAGUCAGCCCAGAAGGACCAUCGCCCGGCAGACGGCCCGCUGUGCCUGCAGGAAAGGACAGAUCGCGGGAACCGUGCGAGCCAGGCCGGCCUGCGUGGACGUGGACAUCGUCUCCAGUCGCCAGUGGUGUCUCAUGGGUCCAUGUUUGGACCACGAGGGCUGCCACCUCCUCCUCAACCAGGCGGGCUGGACCUGCACGCAGCCCGGAGGCCGAGUCAAGACCACCACGGUCUCCUGACAGGAAGUAACAUGGCCGCCGUCCGUCUCAGUCAACACUCGGACAAGAAGAUUCCUGUCGAGGUUCGCCUUCCCGGGGAAAGGUUGAGUCCACGGCAAAGAGUCAAUGACGACUUGAGCGGACAACAAGUCCGUGAGGGACUGGCGAGGACAACGUUCAAGAAUAUGCGGACCGUAACGUCAUUUUCCGUUGUACGCACAAACAGUUUCCGAAGUACUAAAUCCGAGCACAUUUUGGAAUGCUGAUGGCCACACCCACAUUUAAAUAUGCUAAUCAUAUUUGAACUAGCCAUGUGCCUGAGAUGCUGCCCAAUCACCAGGAGUAGGAGGGGCUUCUUUCUGGCGUUUCCCGGCAAACGAAGGGCGGGGCAGAGUUCUAAAAGUUUUGUGGCGAGUCAUCAGAUCGAAGUUUGGCGCCACGCCACGCCAUGCCACGCCCACCUCCACCUCCUAAGGCGUAGGCAAAAGUCCUUCGCAAUUUGCUAUCGGCAAUCUGUCUCGUAUCUGUGGUUCUAUUUGUAACUCGUUUGGUCAAAGUCCAGAGGAAGAGUUCCUUAAAGUACCACCCCUAUUUUUGGCCUAGACAGAAUCCAAGAUGGCCGACUUCCUGUUUGUUUUCAAAUAUGUGUUCCUGAGACUUUUACGUGAGUCUUGUCAUGACAGACAUCUCCAGCCAUGUUCCUCCCCAUACGUCAAACUGCUGGCAAGAGCCAUGAAGAGAAUGUGUUCGUACAGCAGCCUGCUGAUGUCGUCAGGAUGAUAAUGUCACAAUGAUGAUGUCACGAUGAUGAUGAUGUCAUGAUGAUGUCACGAUGAUGAUCAUGUCAUGAUGAUGUCACGAUGACGAUCAUGUCAUGAUGAUGUCACGAUGACGAUCAUGUCAUGAUGAUGUCACGAUGAUGUCAUGAUGAUGAUGUCAUGAUAAUGUCAUGAUGAUGUCGUCAUGAUGACCCAAUGAUGACAACGUGAUGAUAAUGUCACAAUGAUGACAUCAUGAUGAUGUCUUGUAGCUGAUGCCAUGAUGGUGUAAUAAUGAUGAUGUCAUGAUGAUGUACAGUGAUGUCACAUUAAUGACGGCAUGAUGAUGAUGUCAUGAUAACGAUGUCAUGAUGAUGUCACAAUGAUGAUGGCAUGUUGAUGUAUUAAUGAUGUCACAAUGAUGGUGGCAUGAUGAUGAUGAUGAUGAUGUCAUGAUGUCAUGAUAAUGUCAUGAUGAUGUCACGAUAAUGUCAUGAUGAUGCCACGAUUAUGUAUUGAUGAUGAAGUCAUGAUGAUGCCAUGAUGUCAUCAUGAUGUCACGAUAAUACCAUGAUGA